AUGCGAGCCGAGCUUGCCGAUCUCCGUCUCGUCACCACAACCACAUUAGAUUAUCAUUUGUCGUUUGCGUAUGUGGAGGGGGGGGGGAGGAGCUUGCUGAUGGGGUGGAAGGAGGUGGCGGUGUCGAGUGGGAGUGCUUGUACUAGUGCGAGUUUGGAGCCGUCGUAUGUGUUGAGGGCGUUGGGGGUGGAUGAGGACAUGGCGCAUACUUUGAUUAGGUUUGGGAUUGGGAGGUUUACGACUGAGGAGGAGAUUGACAGGGUCGUGAAGCUUACGGUGGAGCAGGUGAAGAAGCUGAGGGAGAUGAGUCCGCUUUAUGAGAUGGUGAAGGAAGGGAUUAAUAUCAAGCAUAUUCACUGGUCGCAGCAUUGA